AUGGACGAUGUGCGACGGCAUGUAUUGUCGCUUGUGGAUGGCACUACAGAGUUGAGCUUGCUGGCCAACGCCACAGAUGUGCAGACUUCGCAAAGUAGCGGGGCAGCCAGCGCACUGUUUCGGCAUGUGGAUAUGGCCUAUCCUGACAGCAGCGAUAGAGAUCGCAUUCUUGAAUCUGUGUAUCGCACGUUGCACACUGAUCAAACGCCAUUGGAUGUCGACAUGGCGUCAGCGGAGCUGGCCGACUUGCUAGGCUUUGAUCAGCUUGAUCUAGUGGCAGCUCUCCUUGCCAAGCCUUCUGCCACGGCCGCACAUAUUCAUAAGCGUAUGGUCCAGCGUGCACAGGGCGUAGGUAGUGCCAAGGAGCCAUUGCAGUUGGCGCCUGCAUCGGCAGAAGGCGAAGUAUACCCCAAUGUGUACAGCAGUGGUGAACAUGGUAGUGUUUUAAGCGCUUUUGGCACUAAGUUCUCGCUGCCUGUGGGUACGCAGCGUAUCCAUGAGUCGUACUUUGAGGAAGUCAUCAUACCACGCAGCAAGCCGCUGCCAUUCCGAAGUCAUGAACGCCUGAUUACACUAGAGGAGAUGGACCCACUCUGUCGUGGUGCUUUCAAGAACUACCAAACGCUGAACCGACUACAAAGCGCUGUAUACCCCAUGGCCUACAAAACGAAUGAGAACUUACUGGUGUGUGCGCCCACUGGUGCUGGUAAAACGGAUGUCGCCAUGCUCUCUGUCUUACAGUGCAUUGGCCGGUUUGCGCGUAUUUCUGAGAGUGCAAUUCAUGUGGACCGCAAUGCGUUUAAAAUUGUGUAUGUGGCGCCCAUGAAGGCGCUGGUGUCAGAGGUCGUGAGCAAGUUUUCCAAACGUCUCGCGUUCCUUGGCCUGAAAGUGCGCGAACUUACAGGUGAUAUGCAACUUUCUCGAAAAGAGAUUGCUGAGACACAAAUGAUUGUCACAACACCGGAGAAGUGGGAUGUCGUUACACGGAAACCGUCUGGUGACGGUGACCUGGCCCUGACUGUGCGUUUGCUCAUCAUCGACGAAGUCCACCUUUUGCAUGAAGAUCGUGGUGCUGUGAUUGAGACGAUCGUUGCACGUACACAGCGCCUGGUCGAAUCGACGCAGUCCAUGAUCCGGAUUGUCGGGCUUUCCGCUACCUUGCCGAACUUUGUCGACGUGGCAGAUUUCCUAGGCGUCAAUCGGUAUCGCGGCCUUUUUUACUUUGGCGCAGCUUUCCGUCCUGUGCCUCUCGAGCAGCACUUCCUUGGUGUACGUGGCAAGCAUGGAUCCGCUUUGGCACGCACGCACUUAGACCGUGUGACCUAUGAAAAGGUCUUGGAUCUCGUUCGCGAUGGACAUCCGGUGAUGGUGUUUGUGCAUACGCGCAAAGACACAGUGAAAUCGGCCAAGUCGCUUCUUGAGCUUGGGCAGGAGGAUGAUAUUUCUAGUCUCCUGACUGAUGGUCGCGACGUCAAUCGCUUUGAGCGCGAAGUCACGGCGAGUCGGAAUCGUGAACUGCGUGAAUUGUAUGCUCAUGGCAUCGGUAUUCAUCAUGCUGGUAUGCUCCGCAGUGAUCGUGACUUGAGUGAGCGUCUGUUUGCGUCCGGUGCGACCAAGGUCCUGUACUGUACGGCCACGCUGGCAUGGGGUGUCAACUUGCCCGCCUACGCUGUAGUCAUCAAAGGCACCGACGUGUACGACGCCGAGCAGGGUAAAAUGGUGGAUCUAGGUAUUUUGGAUGUACUGCAGAUCUUCGGUCGUGCAGGUCGUCCACAGUUUGAAGAUGUGGGUGUGAGUUACAUCUGCACUUCUAGUGAGAAACUCUCUCACUAUAUCGACGCAAUCACGUCCGCACACCCUAUUGAGUCAGCCUUCUUGCAAGGCCUGAUUGAUGCUUUGAAUGCUGAGGUCGCGCUGGGUUCUGUCUCGAGUAUCGAUGAUGGCAUUUCAUGGUUGGGGUACACGUAUCUAUUUACACGUUUGCGCAAAGCGCCUAUGGUGUAUGGGCUGGAUGCACAUGACGUCGAGGCGGAUCCUAGCUUGUCGAUUCGUCGUCGUCAUUGGAUUUUGCAUGCGGCCAAAGUGCUAGCCGAGCACAAUAUGGUCGUGCUGGAUCAUGAUACCAAUACACUCCGGCCGACUAGUUUGGGCCGCAUCGCUUCGCGGUACUAUCUCAGCUACAAGACGAUGGCCAUCUUUGCCGAGCGAUUGCGCAAUGGCCUACGUGAGGCCGAUGCGUUGGAUUUGAUGUCACGCGCCAACGACUUUUCACAAAUUGCGCUGCGCGAUAACGAAGAAGCGGAGCUGACGUCGCUCUUGGAAAGUGUACCCUGCGAAGUGCGCGGCGGCACAAGUACAGCGACGGGCAAGGUGAAUAUUCUGCUUCAGGCACACAUUUCGCAGCUUUUUAUUGACGACUUUGCCCUCGUCAGUGAUGGCCGCUAUGUCGCAAAAAAUGCCGGUCGUAUUCUUCAGGCGCUCUUUGACUACUCGCUAGACCAGGGCUAUGCUACAUCCGCUGAUGCGUUCCUUCAGCUCUCGAAAGCUGUGGAUCGACGUCUAUGGCCCUUUGAGCAUCCAUUGCGGCAAUAUACCACAUUGUCGGCUGAUGUCCAGCACCGCAUUACUUCCUGGGCCGACGAUCUGGAAAUCGGGCAGUUGCGUGCUCUGCGUGUCCCUGUGCUGGCCCGUGUACUGCAUACCAAUGACCGCAUUGCCUCCAUUGUCCACAAUGCGGCUAUGUCGUUCCCCUUGAUCGUCCUUCGUAUCGACGUACGUCCACAGGCAGAUGCGUGUGUACGUCUGGAUAUUGGACUGCGACGCGACUUCGUGUGGGAUGAGCGUCUGCAUGGCACAUCGCUGCCUCUCGUUGUCUGGGUCGAAAAUGCAGAGCAGCACGUUGUGUAUACUGAUCGCAUAACGCUUCGACCGCAACCACAACCGCCGGGCGAUGAUACUCACGUGGAUUUGACACUCUCCGUGUACGUCCCACUAUCGCCGGCGGAUGUACGGCCGGCUAGUGAGACGUCUUGUCGCGUCGCCUGGUCCUCUUUGCACUGGCUGGGCGCCGAAGGAGGCGUAGAUGUCUCAUUGGAUCACAUUGUCAACCCGGCGCCUAUGCCUACGAUGCGCUUGCUGGAUGUACCGCUGCUGAACUUGGCUGAACUAGAGCAUUCUCCUAUGGCCGCCACACUGAGCGCUGUAAAGUCCAUCACAACAUUGAAUGCGAUGCAAACGCAGGUCUUCCAUACUAUGGCCCACUCACGUGCGAACGCCCUUCUUUGUGCGCCCUAUGCAGCAGGCAAGCGCACCGUGGCAUUAUGGUCAUUGGAACGCGUGCCUGCGGAAGGAAGUAUCCUAAUUAUUGAGCCAGAAGCGCAGCGCCUGGAGGACCUCCAGCGUACGCUGGAGGCCAUGAUACCAUUAUGGCCUCAGCCAUUGCCUAUUCAUGUGCUUACCAAGGCCAAAACAGAGGUGCCACGCACACGAAGCCUCUUUGUGUGCACGCCCGAUGUUGCCCAAGCCUUAGCGUCCCGUCAUGCAUGGCCGGCUUUGGCCUUACUGCUGUGCUUUGACCUCCAUCGCCUAGACGCAACGUACGAAUGUGCUGUUAUGCACGUGCGUCGCACGGCACAGCCCGCGCGAAUGGUGGCUACAGCUGUCAGCUGUCAAUCUGCACUGAGUUUGGCACGCUGGCUUCAGGUACCUUCCACGGCGCUGUAUACAUUCGGGCCUAGCGAUACGCCCUACCCUGUAUCGCUGACAUUGGAUACGGUGGACUUGGCGUAUUCGGAUACGUUAGUACGUGCCUAUGUGAAGCCUGCACUGGACCGUAUGAGCUCCCAUGCUACACCUGCUUUGCUAUGGUCGCCUACUCGAGCGCAAUGUUUUACAGCCGCGCGUGAAUUGGUCGCUCGAUUGGCUACAAACCCCUUACCGACGUCGCCUGAGCUGGAAAGCAUGGCGCAAGCGAUCACGCAUACAGAGCUGAGCCACCUUGUUCGGCAAGGUGUAGCUGUAUGGGAUGCCUCCCUCUCCGCGAAAGACCGCCGUUUGGUCGAGCAGCUCUUUGAUAUGGGAUGUCUUCACGCUGUGCUAUGUGCACAGGACGCCGCUGUACCCUUGCAGGCGGCCCUCGUUGUGGUGCUUGGCACGCAGUACUUCGCAUCCACGACGCGACAAGUGCAAGAAUACAACACAGACCAAAUCUGGCGUAUGCAGCGUCACGCAGCACGGCCCGGGCAAGCGCAAGGUGAUGUGCUGGUACUGUGCCAACAAAGCCGUCGCGAUUUAUGGGCACACCAACUCAGCACGCCACUACCUCUGGAGUCAGAGCUAGGCGAGGUGGCGUCGCAUUUGCUUCCUGCGCUCAUGGCUGAAGUCGUAGCGGGGCGCGUGCAGCAAUACGAGCAGGCUAUUCAGUGGCUUGCUACGUCGUUCUGGGCGGAACGUAUCCACGCCAAUCCAUUGUACUAUGGCGAAGAAGGCGAGCCAGGGCAUACGAACCCUAGCACCGCGCUCUCUCGUGGCGUGGAUGCGGCUGUGGAAUUUGCACAACGUCUCGGUCUUCUUGUGGUAGAGGGACAGCGUAUCACAGCCACGCGCCUUGGUACUAGGUUACCAUCUGACCAAGUGCUAUCUCUCGUCGCAUUGGCCCAUCAAGCUCUGCACUGGCAUACCAUCUCGGAUGCGGCGCACCGAGCGAUCGUCGCUACGCCUUUUACGGAAGAUGUACCUGGGCUGGAGGCUAGCUGUGCGAAGAUUAUGCUGGAAGCUGUACAGUAUCAGCGUCCUUCACGCGAGGAUGAACACAAGGAUAACAAUCAAGGCAGCAAGGCCCCUGUUCAAACGAAGCAAAGCACUACACGCCUGUCUACGUGA